UGGACCGGUAGUGGUAUACCGAGUCGCUCGUUUUCGUUCUGAUAUCGUAUUCGGACGGAAUACCAACUGAUUAACUGAAUCCUAAAUCGAAUCGAAACGAAAUUGUGUUGUUGUGAAGAUGUUUGUGUUUAUAGCUUGUUUGUACUAUGAUAUUGCUAAUAAAUAUUUGGAUAACAUGUUUAUUUAGACAAAUUUAUUUAUUUAUUAGGAACAGAUUCGUAUUAGGAUUGAUUUUUUUCUCUGCUUUGACAUACUGCAUCGUUAGUUUUUUGAGUGUGCCCUUGGACCACCAUGUUGAUGAUAUAGACAUCUUGCCUGCUAGAAAGCUAGAUGAUUCCUUUCUAUGGCACUCGGAGGACGAAAACAAUGGAACUGUCAAGGUUACAACAUGUAGAAACUCUAUUCAGGGAAAGGUUCUCAUAGUAGAUGAUAAAGGUUAUGUUUGUAACCGACUCAGACAUGAGAUUUUGGAUAAUGGAUGUUGUGAUGCGUCUCUACCAAGUGUUGAACGCUACUCUUGCGAGACAUGCAAGGAUAACGGAUGCUGUAGCAUCUACGAAUACUGCAUUUCCUGCUGCUUGCACCCAGAUAAAAAAGACCUUCUCCAGAAUGUUUUGGGAAAGGCUCCAGAAACAUUCAGAGUUUUGUUUGCUUCGGUGACGGAUCAUUUUGAGUUGUGUCUCGCCAAGUGUCGUACGAGUUCACAAUCGGUACAACAUCAGAACUCAUAUAGAGACCCGCAGGCCAAACAUUGCUACGGAGACAGUCCACCUAGUACAGACAGUCUGGGAAUACUUUAGUAAUGUGUGUCCCCAAGUGCCGUACUAGCUCACAAUCUGUACAACAGAAUUUAUUUAGAAACCCACAGGCUAAACGUUGCAGAGAUUGUCCACCUAGUACAGACAGUCUGGGAAUACUUUAGUAAUGUGUGUCCCCAAGUGUCUUACGAGUUCACAAUCGGUACAACAUCAGAACUCAUAUAGAGACCCGCAGGCCAAACAUUGCUACGGAGACAGUCCACCUAGUACAGACAGUCUGGGAAUACUUUAGUAAUGUAUGUCCACUAGUGCCGUACUAGAUCACAAUCUGUACAACAACAGAAUUUAUUUAGAAACCCACAGGCUAAACGUUGCAGAGAUUGUCCACCUAGUACAGACAGUCUGGGAAUACUUUAGUAAUGUGUCUAGCCAAGUGUGGUACGAGUUCGCAGUAUGUACAAGCUCAGAACUUAUACAGAGACCUACAGGCCAAACAUUGCUAUGGGGACAGUCAACAUAGUACAGGCAGUCUAGGGACACUUUAGUAAUGUGCCUCGCCAAGUCUCGUACGAACUCACAGUCUGUACAACAUCAGAACUCAUAUAGACCCACAGGCCAACAUUAAAUAUAGACUAUUAUAGAUUUGGCACAACAUCAGAACUUUCUUAGGAAAUACUUAGCAAAAACGACUUGUUGAGUGUUAUCUUGUUCAGUGUAGAGGUACUUUAGUGACGCGGUUUACGGUAUUUGAAGCAAUAGAUAGUAAACUUAUAUAAAUUCUAAAUCAUUCUCUAAUUUGACUACUGUUUCAACAAGCAGUCUUUGGGUUCCCUAUAUUUUCAGGUCGGUUUGGGCCACAUUAGCCUUCUGAAGCUGGUUCAGCCAAAAAUAGUUUUUCGCCCAAGCGUGGAUCGAUCCCAGCUUAGAUUUUUGCUAUCGCAGAAAAUGAUUUUGCCAUUAUUGUGGGAAACCGUGAUGAUGUCCAUGUAACUGCAGUAGAUGUUCACGAUUUUGCCAUGGCCGAGGAUAAAGUUCUCUAUUUUGCUGUGGUUCAAAAUAUCGCCAUGACCACAGAAGAUGUUCUUAAUUUAGUCGGUACCACAGAAGACGUAAGCAAUUUCGCCCUAAUGGGGAAAGAAGUUCUUGAUUUUCCCUGUAACCGUAGAAGUUGUUCUUGAUAUUGCCUCAAACUCGUAAGAAGUUUAUGAUUUAUUUGCGGGGUUAGGGCUAUCGUGUACAAUAUUGUAUUAGGACUAACCAAUAUCUGCAUUGAGAAUAAUUUUUUAAUAAUCAAUACCUUCCAAAGCAACCAGAUGUUACAGCUCAUGAGUGCCAACAUCACCCAACCAAAAGUUUAAAAAAGCCUAGCUGCAACACCUCUGCAAUAAUGUCUAUUUAUUGUUGAAUAUUCUUGAACUGUGCCAGAACUGUUGUUUUAGUAAAGUAUGGUUCACUUAUUGCAAUGUUGUGGACAAUAUGGUGAUUUUGUGAGAAGUUGUUCAUAUGUUCGUGUCAGGUUCAUAUUAGUUCUUGUUGGGAUUUUUCAUUUAUAUUAAUUGUUCGACUAAGGCCUAUAUUUUUUAUAGCACUACAUUUGUUUACGGCUUGAUCAGAUUCUCGUGUGUUAGAUUAUAGAGCGUUAUAAUAAACCGUUGAGUGAGAUAGGUGUAGAUACAUUUGUUAGAGAAUCAUUUUUUGUGCUUUUUCAAAAGGAUGGACUUCAUAUGUCCCUAAUUUUGUGUUUAAAAAUCAAAAAUAAUAAGUAAAGAAACCUAGACAUAGCAGAAAGCAACAAAAAACUAAUCUCUAAAGCAGUUUAUUAUUAUCAUUCAUAACGAAAUUUAAAAAAGUACAACCAAAUGUGUAUCCAAUGUUCUGUCGAAACUAAACAGUACACAAACAAUGUGGACACUAAAGGACCAAACGAGUCUUAACUGAAUUAAUCAACAACAACGUUGAACUUGAAGACUUGAACAAUAAUUAUUAAUCAGUAAUUAUUGAGAUUAAGAUUGAUUUUAGAAAAGUAAUAAAACAGGUAAAGGCUGCUCUAUGAAUACCAAAGACAUUUUAAUAUUUUCUGAAAAAUCAAAUUAAUUUUAAUAGUAGUUUUAUUUUUGUAUUUGUUUUUACUUCUAUGUUUUGCCUGAUUUACUUGUGUAAAAAUGUAUAUAAUACAAUAUUUAGAUAUAUUUAUAUUUCUUCUAGAUUUUUAACUGCCAAAGGUUUUAUUAUUGAAUAGUUAGUUCUUUAUUGGUGCUUUAUUUGUUGAAUAGCCUAAAU